AUGCUGGGGACUAGGGUAUGGAGACCAGUAAACAAUCUACGCACAUUCUCCCAUUCAUGUCUGCGCCCUAAUGUGCAAUCAACGAGAUCUCUGUCGCCGGGGCCAUCAAAUGUUGACCCGCAAGCCCAAUCCCGCCAGGAAACUCAUGCUAACGUGCCUGAGGGCGUUAAACAUCCAUCCGGAGUUGUACCUGCUGGUUCAAAGGUCCAGUCCGACUCUCCUCGGCAACUCAACUCCAAGAUAUCCGCCUACGAUCUAGACACCAUCAAACAGCGUAUCGGAGAUUGGAUUGCACUUGCAACUGCUGGAUUCAAACAGCAAACAAACGGACUCCGUCAACGCACAGAUGAGUUCACGCAGAAGACGUCCACAAGAUUUUUUCAAUUGGGCUCUCAACUCAAUCGCGUAACGGGCUAUGAGGAGAUUGACUCGCUUAAACAACGGGUAGUCGAACAAGAGGCUAGAAUCAUGGCUACUCGUCAAGCAGCUCGAGAGGCUAAGACAUCGUAUGAUGAUGCUGUUUUACAGCGCUCUCUUUCCCAGCGCCAAGUGAAUGAGCUCUUGCAGCGUAAAUCGUCGUGGACAGACGCCGACGUCAGCGCCUUCACUUCUCUUGUACGUUCAGAUCACCAACUGGAACAACACGAGAUCGCGACGAAGGCCAAGGUCUCCGAGAAUGAUGAUGCAUUGGAUAGAGAGUUUGCUGAGCUCAUGCGCGCCAUUCUGGCUAGGUACCACGAGGAGCAAGUGUGGAGUGACAAGAUCCGAAGUGCGAGUACCUAUGGGAGUAUAAUGGUGCUUGGGGUCAACGUGGUGGUGUUCAUACUGGCGAUCAUAGUGGUUGAGCCAUGGAAGAGGCGGAGACUGGCGCAAACGUUCGAAAAGAAGGUGGAAGAAAUGGCUGCGGAGACCCAAGCUCUGAUAGAGUCUGGGAUUGCGAAAUUGGAUAAGCGGUUGGUAAAGCAGGAGGGACUGACCUCAGAGAUUGUGGAAAGGGCGGCAUACGAUGCUCGAGAUUUGUCUAGCGAGUCGUUGUCAGUGCCAACUGUGACAGUAUCUGUCCCUGGGAAACAAGCAGACGUUGGACCAGAGCACUCAUCAAUAUGGUCGCAUCCGAUAUCACGAAUAAUUCAAGACCGGGAGGUACUGCUUAUUGUGGGCAGCGCUAUUACAGGUAGUGCAGUCACGCUGCUAGCCCGAAGUCUUUUCGGAACUUAG